AUGAUGAACUUUCCCCAAAAUUCGGGCUCGCAGGUCCUAGCGACCAAAGGCAAGCUGGUAGUAUCCUGCGUUCUGGUCCUCUUCUUCCUAGCCAUCGGGAUGGACCUCCGAGCUGAGCUCGGAGCUGGACAUAACCAGAAGAAGAACCUCAAGCGCGAUACCACCAGCACUGGCGAUGCCGCCAUCUGGCAACCAGCAGCCGGAGUCAAAUGGCAAAUCCAACUCGUUGACGCCGUCGAAGACACCACCGUCGAUGCCGACAUCUGGGACAUCGACCUCUUCGACAACACCGCCGAGACAAUCACAACUCUCAAGGGCAAAGGCCACAAGGUCAUCUGCUAUUUCUCUGCGGGCACGUACGAAGACUGGCGCCCCGACAUUAGCAAGUUCGACACCGCAGACUUCGGCAGCAGCCUCGAUGAAUGGCCAGGCGAGCGCUGGCUCAAUAUCAAGUCGAGCAGCGUCCGCGCGAUCAUGAGCUCGCGGCUGGAUAUGGCGCAGCAGAAGGGCUGCGAUGGUGUUGACCCGGAUAAUAUUGACGCAUAUGGGAAUGAGAACGGUCUUGGGUUGACGGAGGCUGAUUCGGUUGAUUUUUUGACUUUCCUGGCGUCGGAGGCGCACUCCCGUGGCAUGUCUAUCGGGUUGAAAAAUGGUGGUGAUAUUAUCGGUUCCGUUAUUGAUAAGAUGCAGUGGUCAGUCAAUGAGCAGUGUGCCGAGUAUAACGAGUGUGAGGUCUAUGCUGUCUUCACCGAAGUCAAUAAGCCUGUUUUCCAUAUUGAAUAUUCCGGGGAGACUAUUGAGUCUGUCUCUGAUGAUACUUCUGACUCGGCCACCGAGAAUACCACUGGAAGCGAGGCUAUGGCCACUGCCACUGUUGCUGCUAUUCCUGCUUCUACUUCUGCUGCCGCUCCAAUCAGCACAGACGUUGAUGUAACUACGACUGGCAGCACCGAUGGUACUACCGAUGCUGACACUGGCAUCGACUCUGAUGAGGACAAGGACGAGGCCGAUGAAGAUGAUGAGGAGGAUGAGGAGGAUGAGGAGUACGAGCUCGAUGAAGACGAUGAGGAAGACGAUGAGGAAGGCGCCGAGGAAGACGAAGCCAGCGCCGCUGUCACAAAGGAGCAAAAGCACCGAUACGGACACGGUCACCACAAGCUCCGAACCAGAGCCGUUCUCUCCUCCACGUUGAAGACAUCAGCCUGCAACGCAGUCAACGCCGACAAGUUCUCGACUGUCAUCAAGAAUAUGAACCUCGAUGCCUGGGUUGAAUAUUGCUAG